UGAGUCACUGGAAUCGUCAUUUUCAAGUGUCUGUGCCUGAUCAUUUCCAAGUCCACAUUUUUUCAGAAAAUAUAUUGCAAAAAGUCAAAAGAAAUAAUUAUUCAAAGUAUUUUGGCAUAGAAAAUACAAGAUGAGUUCCAAAAGAGGUGAUAUGCAGAGAGUUCGUGCUCAAAAGCAUCAGAAUAAAACGAUUUUUAAGAACGAUUUGCAUGAUAACAGUGAUAGAACGAAAAAACUCAAUGCAAUGUCUAUAAAUGAAGUUUGUCAACAUUGUAGUGAUGUGAUCCAGUGGAAGAUUAGAUACAGAAAAUACAAGGCUCUGACAAAGCCAAGUACCUGCAAUAAGUGCAAUCAACGGAAUGUAAAGAAAGCUUAUCAUGUAUUGUGUAGGAAUUGUGCAUUGUCCUCUAAACAGUGUGCUAAAUGCUUAAAAACUGAAGAGGAUGGUAUAGAAUUAAUUCCUCCGGAACCAACAGCUGCGGAAAAACUUAAAAUGGAUAUUGAAUUCAAACAUAUGAUUAAAUGUUUGUCAGAGAGAAAACGUCGGACAUUCCUAAGAUAUAUGAAUGGAAAGAAAAAGAAGAAGACAGAGGAUGAUGACGAGGAACCAACAGAACUGGAGGAAAGGCCCAAAACAAGACCAACACGUGAACAACUGCUUGAUAAACUCGCGAAAUUGAAAGUUUCAGAAAAGGAUGAAGAUUUCUAUGGUGACAUUAACAGCAGCGGUGAUGAAUAUGAGGAUGAUGGCGAACAAGAAUGGGAAUCAGAUGAUGAAGAAAAUACAGCAUAAAUUUAAUAAAAUUGAAAUUUUUUAUUCGUGGAGCUGAGUUUUGCUCAGUAUUGCUCAGUUCUUUUUUAAUUAUAGUUUAAAUGAUAAUAAACAGGAAAUAAAAUAUAAAUUUAAAAGUUUUGAAUUGCGAA